CAUACUCUAGCACACCGCUGAACACCGCUGAAGGGUGCAAAAUACUUUCCUCUCCAUCAGCCAGAGUUCCUACCUUGUCCCCCACCACUCAAAUUUCUUAACCCUACAAACCUCCACCUGCGGUCCUGCCCCAAGCUCAGACCGUCAGACCGACAAUUACCAACCUUCUAAAAGAUCGAUCGAACCAAAGUUCGCCGGUCCUUAAUCGAAUUGUCUUGCCUGCACAAAAAUAAAAAAUAAACCAACUCCAAGACUUUUGAUCGAACCGAAGCCGCUCGUACGCAUUGUUCACCGACUCCGGAGAUUUCUUCAGUCACCGACCCAGACACGAUAGAAUUACCUUCACUAUCGCCUGGCUAAUUUCGUCUUCUCUACACCGCCCAAUAUCGUAUCCAAUAUUCCGUCACGAUGCCCUGCUUCAAGGGCAUCGCUGUGAGCAUUCACGCAAAUUCUGCCCCGCUACCCGAAUAUGGCCUGCAGAAGCAGUCUCGUAUGUCUCGCAUCAGCGCUUAUAUACCCGUUCCACAACCUCAGUUGAACCCGGAGACUUCCAAGCAUGAGGCGGCCAAGUUUGCCAUCUCCAUCACGCUAUUGACACCCGGCCAUGAAAUUCCCUACACGACUCCGAAAGCCACCGCCGCCAAUCCCCACCCACGACCUCUUUACGCGGGUCCCAUCUCAGCAUCCGACCCCUCGAAGCACGCUAAUACUGUCGCACCGUACAUUCCUCUGACGGGCUCCGAGAAUGAGACCAUUGCGGCGUACAUCUACUUCGACGGACGGGCCAAGGAGGAGGUUGCUACUCUGCUACGCCCAGGUGAAGAGACGUGGGUUAACAGUCGUUGGGUCCAAGUUCCCGAGCUUGAAGGCGGAGGCCUUGCCGAGCGAGAAUUCCUUUUCCGCGAGGUUGGCCUAGAGAGAUGGCUUAAUGGUCUAGAUCUUAAGGGUCAUGACGCCGCGGAGAAGGUGGAGCGUCGAAGACAGAAGUUCGAGAGACGUCAUCGCCGCCACAGGUCUACCCCGAACACCGGCGACAUGGAUGCGGAGAAGCCCAUUCGCAUUCGGGAUACUUUGGCCUACGGAUCCGAAGACCAAUCACCGCUGGCCAGCCCCUCUGACUCGGACGAUGAUUCUAUGUCCGAUGACGAUGAACCUCCCGAGGCCACAGGCCAAAUCAAGGUGGCUAUGUUCCGCGUGCUUGCCUCUGGUGAGAUCAAGAAGGGGGAGUACUCGCCUCAGUUCGAUGCUCAUGACGACGAUGAUGAGAGCGAAAAUGGGACUAAGGGAGGCAGCAAUGGAUCUAUCGAUGCCGAUGUGGAGCAUACCACUAGUUUUGCGAAGCCCAAGAGUCUUGAUCCGAAAUCAAUCAGCACUCAAACUGUCACCGGCAUCGAUGCACCGGAAAAGCCUUACGCAGUCUUCACAUUCUUCUACCGUGGCACACGUCAACUUGCUAAGAUGGGGCUAUUGUCUAAUGCGAAGGCUGACCAGAAGGCAUCUGGCGCCAAGCGACGAUCGACUCAACUCGACUUCUCAGGUCUUGGCCCGCUCAAAUCUACUGGCACCGUGGGAUUCUCUGCUUUCAGAGAUCAGGAAGCCGAGGCGGCUAAGAGACGCAAAGCUCGCAAGAAGAGCAAUGGCACCAAUGGUCUCAUGAUGGACGAAGAUAGCGAUGACGACGAUAAUGACGUCAAUCCUCUUACCAAGAUGGAAGACAAUGACGAUAAGCCCGUCAAGACUCAUCUGGCACCAGAGGAUGCCAAAGUGGCCGGAGAGUUGCAAGCAGGUAUUGAUCGAAUUCGCCUAAAACGCCAGCACUCUAUGGAGCCUGAAGCCUCGGGAGCAUCAAGUACUCGCAAGUCUCCCAGCGCCGGUCCUAGCGCCGAAGAAGCCACAUCCGUAGAUGCUUCAGCUAGCAACCAAGCAGUUCCUAACUCUGUAGCGAACCUUCUUUCUCAGGCUUUUGACGGAGAUUCGACGGUUGGGAGCCCACUGAAGAAGCAACGUGCAGACGAUGAGACACCGGAUCGUUCUGCCAACUUCCCGUCGGCCUUGGGCGAUGUCUUAGGCAGAGCGAUGGCGGAUCAGCAGAAGGAAGGAGAGAAAGUCAAAGUUGAGGUUGACGAAGACGAAGAGCUUUAGGAUAGCUCUUCACCCUAUCACGCUUCAAACCCCAAGAAGACUAAAACCACUCAUUCGGUCUCGUCAGCUAAGGGCAGAAUUCGCAGCACUCGCAAGACAGCUCCUCACGGCCCCUCCAAUCUAAGACAUUACGAGACCCGAUCGUCUACGCGUGCGUCUACGGAUCUGGACUGAGCGGGACACCCGGGCUCAGUGAAGUGAUGGAAGUCACAAGCAGCCAUGGCUAUAUCGGAUCUAAGGUAGCCAUGUCACACUGCGAGGUAUUUUUUUCGGCGGACAU